AUGUGCCACCUGAUUACUUCCGUUCACCUACUCUGCUCAACUACUGUCGUCGUCCUCCUCGGUCUCUUCAUCGUCUAUACAACACAACUAAACGCUCGACAGCAUCCUUGGCCCCGAAUAUUCCCUAGCGUUGCGAAUGUGAUGGAAUCCCCUUGCGGUGCGUCGCAAAAAGAAGCUCGGUUAAAGGGUUGUGUUUUCGAUGUAUACGUUAAUGAAUGGCUUCCAUCGUCUUGCUACGACCGCGCGGUUGUGGAGAAGUCCGAAUCCAACUCGACCGACUUGUAUCCUGCCGCGACAGGGCGUACGACGUUUCCGAUAUAUUGGGAUGCGGCAAUGUCAAAGCGGGCCACUUUAGAGGAUGUCAUGCUCGCCGCCUUCGACAACAUCGAAAAUAGCUCUCCUACUGAUUUUUACCUUGCCUGGGAAUUCCAUAGGGCACAUUGCUUACAUCUAUGGAGGCUUGCUGUCAGUGCGCUGCGGCGGCUGGAUUCUGGAGAAAAGAGAGUCGGCCUGUACUACAAAUCUGCAGACCCUGAGCACGUUUGGCAUUGCAACAAGAUGAUGAUUAAGGGUGACACCAGAGAUGUAGAUGAUAUGACUUCCAUCAGACCGGGAAUCGGUAGGUGUACUAUGUUGGACAGGUUUUGA